UUUCAACACAUUAAAUCAUCAUUUUGUAUAAUAAGUAACAUUCACCCUAUUUUAUUAACCAUUAUUUGAUUAGAUUAAAAUUUUUUAACUUCAUAAGUGAACUUACAAGAAUAUCACAUGACUUUACCCUUCGCUUCAAAACGCGCGAUUAAUUAGCUUUCUCCUCCUAAUCCACUCCUCAUGCGAUAAACAAAUUUUGCGGGUGGUCCGUACAGUUUGAGUCUGAACUUUUUUUUUUUUUAUGCAUCUUCCUUCUCGACCGUAACCUUACAGAACGUGUACAAUUCGCGCAGUAGAUUCAGUAUUAUUUGCAUGUAACUCGAAGAACAUGAAAUUAAAGAAGAAAAGGAAAUUAGAGAGCAAACUUGUGAAAUAGAGAGGGAAACAAAUGCUUGGCUCGCUGCGUCACUCUUAUUGCUGUUGGAGCAGGUUCCAAGUAUAGUUGAUUUUUUUUGGGGGUUGAAUGUGAUGACAUGUAUGCCUGAAUCGUGGUGUUUGCUAAUGUUAUGAAUGUGGGGGAAAUGGGGAGGUGAUUUGAUGUGUAUGGGACUGCGUGCAACUUACAAAAUGUAGGAUGUUACUGAGGUACUUAUUUAAAGUGGUUGGUAUUAAGAAUUUGUCAAUUGUCACUGCUACUCAUAUUGUAUAUUGAGAUUUGAUAAGAGGGCAUUUGUUGCUGGGUUUGGAGUCCUUUUGGGGAAGGAAAAGGAGUCCAGGUGACAAACAAUUUCACAGGAUAAGGAAGGAGGCAGGAGCAGUUAGUGUGUUGGUUGAGGUGGUGGUAGGUGUUGAUAAACAUAAGUUUGAACAUGAGUUCAGACAGCAGGAGUCGAAGCAGGAGCAGGAGCCGCAGCCCCAUGGAUCGUAAGAUCCGAUCUGAUCGCUUUUCUUACCGUAAUGCACCCUACAGGAGGGAGUCUCGUCGGGGUUUCAGCCAAAACAAUCUAUGCAAGAACUGCAAACGACCAGGUCACUAUGCUAGAGAGUGCCCUAAUGUGGCAAUUUGUCACAAUUGUAAUCUCCCUGGGCACAUUGCUUCAGAAUGCACAACCAAGUCCCUAUGCUGGAAUUGCCGUGAACCUGGCCACACAGCUAGCAACUGUCCAAAUGAGGGAAUCUGCCAUACAUGUGGGAAGGCUGGACAUCGGGCCAGAGACUGCACUGCCCCCCCAAUGCCACCUGGGGAUGUAAGGUUAUGCAAUAACUGCUAUAAGCCUGGUCAUAUUGCAGCUGAAUGUACAAAUGACAAGGCAUGCAACAACUGUAGGAGGCCAGGUCACUUGGCACGUGAUUGUACAAAUGAUCCGAUCUGCAACUUGUGCAAUAUAGCUGGACAUAUGGCUAGGCAUUGCCCAAAAGCCAACAUGAUUGGAGAUCGAGGAGGUGGUGGUGGUGGCCGUAGUGGUGGUUAUCGUGAUCAUCGAGACAUUGUGUGCCGAAACUGCCAUCAGCUUGGUCAUAUGAGCCGGGAUUGCAUGGGCCCUUUGAUGAUCUGCCACAACUGUGGUGGAAGAGGACACAUGGCAUAUGAGUGUCCUUCUGGGAGGUAUUUGGACCGGUAUCCUCGGAGGUACUGAUGAUGCAGCUUAUGUCAGUGGCAAUUUAUAUUAUUAGUAUUAUGCUUUACUUGUGAUUGAAGGUUCGGAACUAGAUGGACUUCGAUUUGGAGUUUAGUAAUUUGCCGGAGUUAAUGUGAAGCAUAUAUUAUUUAUCAUGGUGAAAUUGUUUGGAAUAAAAGAUCUAUUACUACCAAAACCUGCUUG